AUGGCACUGUUUCCUGAAGAGAAAAUAAUAAAAGCUUUUGAAGUUGAGGAUUCAAUUUCCUCGAUAAUAAAUGAGAACAUUGAGAGCCUUGAAAACGUAAACAAGCCAAUACGAAAAAGCCUAGAAAACGAUAUAAGCUUGCUUAAUCAUCAAAUAACCACUGUUUUUAAUGAUCUCAACAAUAAAUCCAAGGAAGCAGAAAGCGCUUUAAACGCUAUAGACGCCUUAAGAUAUAAAACAGCUGAGAUUUUGAGUAAACCAAACAAUCCAGAAUUAGAGAUAGAUUUCAGAAGAACUUGCUUAGAAAUUAAGGCCAAUUCAAGUCUUUAUGAUCCACCACUAAUGCAAGCGUAUCAAGAUUAUCUUAAAGCUUAUCAACAAAAAACAUCUCUUUAUAAUAUUACAGUGGAUCAAAACAGCAGAAUUAAUUUACAUAUUUAUAGCACUGAAACUGAAACCCAAGAAGAAGCCAAAAAUUUGCAGAUUCCAGAACCGCUAGACAUGACAACUUGCAUAACUCAGCUUCCAAAUGGCAAGCUUUUCUGUUUUGGUAGUAAUCGCCUUCCUGGAAUUACAGUUUUAAUUGAUGUGAAUGGUGGAGUUGAAGUGCUGCCAUCAGGAACUCAUUGCUAUGGCUCAUCUUGCAUCUAUUUCAGCAACAGCGCUUAUUUCUUUGGAGGAUUUAAUGAAGGCAAUUUAACUCUAUCUAGCAAAUUUGAUAUGGAUUGAAAUCGAUGAAAACAAUUAACUCCAAUGCCACAAGCUGAUCAUAGUUGUAAUAGUAUAAUAUUUAAUGGAAAUAUUUUGAUUUCUGGAUAUAAAAAUAGAAAUCUUUUGUUAUACUCAAUUGAUAUUGACUCUUUCUCGACAAUUCCUUAUAAGUUUGAAGAGCAUAAAGUAAAGAUCCUAAUAAAUGCAGAGAGGCUAUAUUUGAUAGAAUGCCCUGGAUCAAUCUAUGAAAGCGAAAUUGGAAGUUACUCGAAUUGGAGACAAAUCGGAAAAUCAGCAAUCUAUCAUGAACCUGGUCAAGUUUAUUGCUCAUAUAAUAAAGGAGGAAUAUGGAUUUCAGUUAUUUCUCAUUCAACUAGAGAAUAUUAUUUUUUUAAUUUAGAUCAAAAAGUUAAUAUUGAUGCUGCAUACUAUAAUACGCACGUCUCAAUCAGAAGAGUAGGUAAAAAGAUUGAAGCAAUAAAAUUCAAUAACCAGAAUUUUAAGCUCGAUCCUUAUUAUCUAGAUGAAUAUAAUGCCAAGGAUAUUGCUCUAAGAGCUUUAGGAGAAAAUCUAGAAGUAAUCGAAGAAUUAGACGAAAAAAUCAAACGUAAUCCAAACAAGUUUAAAUAUUACAAUGAUAAAGGCAAGGCUUUUUAUAAUUUAGGAAGAUAUAUAGAAGCAAUCGAAUGCUAUGACGAAGCAAUCAAACUCAAUCCAAACAGUGCUGAUUUUCACCAUACUAAAGGAUGUGCUUUAAAUGAAUUAGGAAAAUACCCAGAAGCUGUAAAAAGCUAUGAUGAAGCAAUCAAAAUCAAUCCAGAAGAGGCCAAAUUUUAUAAAGAUAAAGGCAACGCUCUUUAUAUUUUAGAGAAAUAUCAAGAAGCAAUGAAAUGCUAUGAUGAGUUAAUCAAACUUGAACCAAAUAAUCCUUUGCAUUUCUGCAAUAGAGCUCGAGUAUUUAAUAAUCUCAGACAAGAAGAAGCAGCUUUGCAGGACUUUAAUAGGGCUUAUAAUUUUUUGCAAGAAUUUCAAUUAAGUGAAGUUUACCGUGGGGAAGAAUGGACCCUUUCAGAAAAAGAUAUCUUAACUUAACUUAAUUAUUCAGUGUUUAAGGUGUCUAGUGCCGCAGACCCAAAAAAAUGGACCUUUUAGCUAAACUGGUGACGUCACGGAGCCAUCUUGGAAUCGCGGUGGUCAGCCCAACCGGCCAAGCCUUCUAUCGACGCUUCGCCUCCAGCCGCCGCACAUCUCACCAGGCGCGUUGCCGUCGCUCUGUCUCGACUCAGCUCCUGCUCGUGUCCCGCCUAAGGGUCAUCCUCCCGUUGGAAUGCGCUGAGGGGUAAAACUACGAAAUCUUGAACGCACUGAGGAGCUGUUCCUUUGGUUAUCCCCAAAGUUAAACAGUUAUUGCUGUGCAGAAGUUCUCGAGAGAAAACCCAACCCCAUAAAUAAAAUUCCAUGAGGGAGAGAAAAUUAGCAAAGCUAAUUUCUCUCGAACCGAAUGCCAUUUUAUUUAUUCAGAAAAAGAUAUCAAUUUUAUUAACGACGAAUUAAGCCGAGACCGUAUUGAGCUGCUCCAAAAAAUGCAGAAUUAA